CUACACGUACACACCAUCGCCACUCCCUCUUCGCAGACUUGUCUUCUUCUCCUUGCCGUGGAGACAGCUGCGCCGCUGCGCGUGUUUAUUGCUGUCUCCUCCUCCCCUCCCCCUCUGCCCCCCGCUUCUCUAUACGCAAGUAAGCAUCACUGCGCCGCAACGAGAUAUCGCCGCUGCGCCGGAGAUGAGAUGAAAGGAUCCGUCUUUGUGGCGCUCCUUGUUGUCGCCGCCGUUGCCGUCGUCGGCGGCGGGGCGGCGGCGGCGGCGGCCGAGGAGUUCUACGGCGGCGAGGGGCGGCCGGCGGCGGUCAAGGUGGACCCGGCGUGGCGGUUCCCGAGCCGGCGGCUGCGGGACGCGUACGUCGCGCUGCAGACGUGGAAGCGGCAGGCCAUCUUCUCCGACCCCAAGAACCUGACCGCCGACUGGGUGGGACCAGGGGUCUGCAACUACACCGGCGUCUUCUGCGCGCCACUGCCCUGGGACCGCCGCGCGCUCGCCGUAGCCGGCGUCGACCUCAACCACGGCGACAUUGCUGGCUACCUCCCGCCGGAGCUCGGCCUCCUCGCCGACCUCGCGCUGCUGCACCUCAACUCCAACCGCUUCUGCGGCGUCCUCCCGCCCACGCUCCGCCGCCUCCGCCUCCUCCACGAGCUCGACCUCAGCAACAAUCGCUUCGUCGGGUCGUUCCCCGACGUCGUCCUCGACCUCCCGGCCCUCCGCUUCCUCGACCUCCGCUUCAACGACUUCGAGGGCGGCGUGCCCAGCCGCCUCUUCGACAGGCCGCUCGACGCCAUCUUCCUCAACCACAACCGCCUCCGCUUCCAGCUCCCGGACAACUUCGGCAACUCGCCGGCAUCCGUCGUCGUCCUCGCGCACAACAGCUUCGGCGGAUGCCUCCCGGCGAGCAUCGCCAACAUGUCUGGCACGCUCAACGAGAUCUUGCUCAUCAACAAUGGGCUCAGGUCCUGCUUCCCGCCUGAGAUCGGGCGGCUGCGGGAGGUUACGGUGUUCGAUGUCAGCUUCAACGAGCUCGCCGGCCCACUGCCGCCGGAAGUGGCCGGGAUGAGGAAAUUGGAGCAGCUGGACGUCGCGCACAACCUGCUCACCGGCGCGAUACCGCAGGUGAUAUGCGAGCUGCCGCGCCUCAAGAACUUCACCUUCGCCGACAACUUCUUCACCGGCGAGCCGCCGGCUUGCGCGCGCGUCGUGCCGCGCGACGGCGACCGGAGGAACUGCCUGCCCAACCGCCCAGGCCAGCGGACGCCGCAGCAGUGCGCCGCGUUCUACGCCCGCCCGCCCGUCAACUGCGCCGCGUUCCAGUGCAAGCCGUUCGUGCCGCCCCUGUCGCCGCCGCCACCGCUUCCAUCUCCGCCUCCGCCUUCACCACCUCCACCAUCACCACCUCCUCCUUCUCCGCCUCCGCCGUCUCCACCUCCUCCAUCGCCCCCACCGCCAUCACCUCCUCCGCCUUCGCCACCGCCGCCAUCUCCACCGCCACCUCCACCACCGCCGCCAUCCCUGCCUCCGCCAUCGUCCCCUCCUCCUGCGCCAGUCCACUACCCCCCACCACCCCCGCCUGCGCCAGUCCACCACCCUCCGCCACUCCCGCCUGGUCCACAUCCGUACCCACCAUGCCCCCUUCUGCCGCCCCCGCCACCCUGCGUGCCAACACAUCCAUUGCCACCGCCGCCACCGUAUUACCCCGGCCCAUUGCCACCCACAGACCCUGUUCGAUAUGCCUCACCGCCGCCGCCGCCGCUGCAUUGAUAGAUUCUCAAAAGGAAGGAAAUUUGAAGGAUACUUGGAUUUGCUCCGGCAAUGGACAGCAGCUGCCAGAUUCACCAAUGUACGUGGUCAUUGUCAUGCUUAGUAGCGUUCUUGGUUGAUGGCUACAGGCGUUAAAGAGUGUGGUAAGCUGCACAAAUUUUUAUCAAUUAUGGUUUGUCGGUGUCCGCGCGUUGGUGCUGAAAGGGAUUGGAUUGAAGGUGAUGGCUGGGCCUUUGGAGCAUUGGGGCUGUGGAUUGAUGGGUAAUUGGUUGUGAAUAAUAAGAGGGUUUGAGAGGGACAGAAGAGGAUUUGAGAGAGGAUUGUAGGUGCAGGGACAUAUGUGGGUGUAUAAAGAAUUUCAGUUCAGUUAAGUUCAGUCAGACAUAAGUUUAUAGGAAAAUUGCCCUCAUACCAUUACAAAGAUUUGCAUCUUGUCAAAAUACUACUGGUGUGUCUAUGACAUCUAGGGUCAAGUCUCAUAUGUUAUUGAGACAUGGUAUUUUGGCAAAGUAGAAGAGAGUGGUAUGGUGGCAAUUUUUCCAAGUUAUAACAACAAAUUUGAGUGCUAUUUGUUCCUUUUAUACCAUAGUUAUUGUUGAUUAUUUUA